AUGUUUGGAACAGCCACCGCAUCCUACCAAGUUGAAGGUGCUUGGAAUGAAGAUGGAAAAGCAGAAAAUAUCUGGGAUCACUUAACGCACACAAAUCCUUGCGUAAUCAAAGACUGUUCCAAUGGAGACAUCGCAGAUAACUCAUAUCAUUUAUAUAAAAGAGAUGUAGAGAUGAUGAGAGAAUUGGGAUUAGACUUUUACAGAUUUUCACUAUCGUGGCCAAGAAUACUUCCCACUAGUUACGCUGAUAAAAUAAAUGAAGCAGGUGUACAAUAUUACAACAACUUAAUCGAUGAAAUGUUGAAGUACAAUAUAACUCCAAUGAUUACACUCUACCAUUGGGAUUUGCCGCAAAAAUUGCAAGAUUUGGGUGGCUGGGCCAACCCUUACAUUGUUGAUUGGUUUGGUGAUUAUGCGCGAACAGUAUACGGAUUGUUUGGUGAUCGUGUCAAAUUGUGGAUAACAAUCAAUGAGCCUUAUCAGAUCUGUAAUCAGGGAUAUGGUGAUAAGGCGAAGGCGCCUAUGGUAGAUGGCAGCGGUGUCGGUGAAUACAUUUGUACUAAAAAUUUGUUGUUAGCGCACGCGAGAGCAUACCAUAUUUAUGACCAGGAAUUCAAACCGAAGUUUGGUGGGUCAGCUUUUAUCGCGUUUAGCGCACAAUGGUACGAGCCGUUAAAUGAAAAUGAAAUUGAAGCAGCUGCUGAUGCGAAUCAGAUCAUGUUUACACCCUGGGGAUUCUACAAAUUGCUGACACAAAUAAGGGAAGAUUACGGAAACCCACCGGUGUACAUCACAGAGAAUGGUUUUUCAACAUACGGCGGCUUGGACGAUGAACAUCGUGUUAUGUAUUACAGAGAGUAUUUGUCAGCUCUCUUAGACGCCGUCGACGAGGGAUCUGAUGUCAGGGCGUAUAUGGCAUGGAGUCUAAUGGACAACUACGAAUGGAUGUUUGGAUAUACGGAACGGUUUGGUCUGUACGAGGUGGACUACGACGACCCGCAGCGCACGCGCACGGCACGCAAAUCUGCCUACGUGUAUAAGGAAAUUCUUCGCACGCGCAGUAUAGACUUCCACUACGAGCCUGACAUGAGCAAACCAAUCAGCAUCGACGAUGGAAAAUAA